GCCAAUACAGCCCGAGUCUUAAAACCCCAGAAGAAGCAACGGAAUCCGUGUUUGUUUGUGGCCGCUGGAAAGCUCUACGGUUUGGUGACGUUUCUUCAAGUGCCGCUGAAAGGACGCCUCGGCUGUGGCUCCGUCUCCUGCGCGAACAUGGCGGAGGAGGACGACGAUCCCGGCUUUGAUGAAGAUUUGGACGACGGAGGAAACGGCGUGGAGUCGGGCCACGGGAGAAGGAAGAGGCUGUUCUCGAAAGAGCUGCGCUGCAUGAUGUACGGCUUUGGAGACGACCAGAACCCGUACACGGAGUCGGUGGACAUCCUGGAGGACCUGGUGAUCGAGUUCAUCACGGAGAUGACCCACAAAGCGAUGUCCAUCGGCCGCCAGGGCCGCGUUCAGGUGGAGGACAUCGUGUUUCUCAUUCGCAAAGACCCCAGAAAGUUCGCGAGAGUGAAGGACCUGCUGACCAUGAACGAAGAGCUGAAGAGAGCUCGCAAGGCUUUUGAUGAGGCGAACUAUGGAUCCUGAACGGCCCCUCGAACCAAAGCAGGGACCCGGAUGACUUUUAAAGGGGAAUUCCACCCAUUUUUCUAAAUAUUCCGCAUGGUUCAGUGGUUGACAUGUAAAAGUCCAUUCUUGUGGUUUAUUUGUAGAUAAACUUGCUGACUCAAAUUUCAGUGGUGCUGAUAGGAACCAGGUGUCCCGAGCCGUUUUACUUACUAUCCAAGACCACCAGAGAACCGACACGUCCUUUUAUGAGGUUUUAUAUGUAAUAUUGACAGUGAUGCAGUAGGCAUAUAUCUGAAAGAUACGUUUUCUUUGGGGACUGUUUGCUUUAGAACACUGCUCUUGUAUCCCUCCACCAUGAAUAGAUGAAAUAAAUUGAUUAUAAUAUG